CGGAUCUGCCUGUAGCAUAAGAGGACAAAUUUUAAAUAUCUGUGAGGAACCAGUGCAGUUUAUGAUUGUUGCUCUGCGGGACUUGCGUUUGUAAACUCUGUCCGUACACGCUGAGCCACCUGCAAAUGCACCUUAAGCCCUUUCUCUGUCGGAAGGCGGUGAUUUAGGCUCGUAAAUGUCCGCAAGAACAGGACAGCGAGCACUUGAUUUCAUAUUGCUGCAGUAGCUCACUUUUACAUCCGAAGUAGCACUGGUUGCCGAGCGGUACGUGCAGCCCGUGUCCGUGGUCUCGGCGAAACGCGGCGUUUUCACUCGGGGAGCACCUCCCGCACGGAGGGUUUAACCCGACCUAUCCGCGGUACUUCCCGCUGGGAAAUGCGGGCUCCUGGCUUUCGCCGGCCAUGGGUGGGACCGACCUGCCUGCCCCAUCCCUGCCGGGAGCGCCCUACCUGCGGCGGGCGGCGCAGGAAGGGGGCGGCGCGGCGGGGCGGCGGUUCCGGGCACGUCGCGUUCCUCGCCCCGGCACCCGCCGCGCCCAUGGCCGCUCCGCAGGAGCCGCUGCUGCCCCCAGCAGAUCAUGCAGCAAAAGAGCCAGUGGAGGAUACGGAUCCAAGCACUCUUUCCUUAACAAUGACAGAAAAAUAUCCUGUCCAAGACACAGGAGUACCUAAAGAUGAGGAAUACCUAACAGAUCAAGUUACUUUGGAAAUUGCAUCUGUGAACAUCAAGACCCUCACAUCAGAUUCUGGCCUAAUACAACAGCCAGAAGACAAAGACACACAAAACCAUACUGACAAAUCACUUUCAGAUCUCAAGAAAACCUGCAAGGAAAAUGUCACCUGCUCCUUGUGCUUAUUCCGUGCACCAACCAUCAGUGACAUGCUCAAUGAUGAAGACUUGUUGUACACAGUGAGGCUAAAGCUGGAUCCCUGCCAUCCAACAGUGAAAAACUGGAGAAAUUUAGCAAGCAAGUGGGGGAUGACUUAUGAUGAAUUGUGUUUCCUUGAACAAAAGCCCCAAAGUCCCACCUUGGAAUUCUUGCUACGGAAUAGUGACCGGACUGUGGAGCAGCUGAUUGAUCUCUGUAAAUUUUAUAAGAGAAUUGAUGUUGUAAAAGUGCUGCUGAAAUGGGUGGAGGAGGAAUGGCCCAAGAGAGGGAACAGAACUUACCAGAAUGACUUCUAGGUCAAAGAAAGUCGUUAGUCUGUAUGUGUUAAAUGCUGGCUACCACUCAUACACUGGAAGUUUCCCUUGCAAGAGAGAGAAAGCCUGUACUGAGGGUUUGUAUACUGUGUAAGCUUUACCUACUGUAUACACAAUGUAAGCUUUAUGCCCGCAGGGUUGCAAAGAUAACCUUCCAAAAGUGGAUGGAAUCAUCCAGGUUGUGUUCUUGAGUCUGCAAAUACCUUCAGUUUCUUUGCUGCUGUUCGCAGCCUUCCUAAAUAGAAAAGGACUGAAAAGGCCAGACUGCUUGUUUUACUGCAACAGUUGUGAACCAUAUCAGUUGUGUGCUGUUGUUACUGGGAAAGCCACAGUUAGAAGGCAAGUCUCUUGGCCUUACUGGCAGCCCUUCCACAGUUUUGUAUGUUCUACCUAGUAGAAGAUGAGGUGGAAUCUUUUUCUUCCUUUUUAGUUGUUUUUUAAGCUUUGUGGCACUGUUUUUGGCACAGGAACACCUCAGUGUUCCAGGCAGCAGUUUGGGUCUGAAUGUUACAAUUAACUGACGAUUCAACAUCAGAUUUGAGCAAAUUAAGUCUCUUCUAUGAACAAGAGUAGACAUUAAACAAUAACAGAUGUUAAAAUAAUUACUCACAUGCUACUACAUCAUAGGCUAUAUAUUUACUCUUAAGAGAAAUCAUGCAAUUCAGAGAGACUUUUCAACCCAUAACCUUUAGGGGCCAAAAAAACCAAUUAAAAGGUUCUAUGCUUAAAAUUGCUUUCCAAAGGUUUAAAGACAGUGUACACUCUGAGUGCAGAUAUCAAAUCCCUCUCACUUUGCAGUGUGAGAUGAUGGCACCACAGGGUAUUGUUAGUAUUGACUGUAACUUCUUUUUCCACAGGCUGUGGUUUUCUUUACAGUUCUGUGUGUUGGCCUACUUUCUGUCCUUCCCCAAGACAGUUGUAGUCUUGUGUGAAACUAGCACUAUAUAUUGAUUAAAGCCACUCUAAUAGAAAAUGAACAGCUGAAUUCACCUACAGCCCAGGUGGAUGGUUAUUAAAGCACUUACAGUGGUUUAGAUUGAUUUUUUUAAAGGAUUUUGAUUGUCUGAAUUAUACUGUUUACAUUUAAAAUGUUUCAGAAUUGGCCUUUUUUCCACCAUUCUUCUGACAUCUCAGACAAUGUAGUAUGUACAUAGGUGUAUAUACCCAAGCACUGGUCAAGAUGUGGGGCAAAACUAGAACGGGGUGCAGGUUGAUACUGAUUACUUUUCUUGAGUAGAAAUAAUAAGAAUUAGUAGCAAAGCUGAGGGAAGUCUAAUGCUGUAGGCUGAGUUUCUUACUGUAAGAGUUUGAAAAGUGACCUCUAGUAAUACCUUACUAUAGAUAUUGAGUGAUAUGGUUAGAGAGGAGCUAGAAGUAAAGACUAACAUUUUCAUGUCAGACACUUGUUCUGGACUGACAUAAAAUUAGCUUUAUUUUAGUGACUUCAAGAAGCUGAAAGUCUUGUUUCGGGAUAAAGAAAUUGACCUAAAUUUGAGGUUUGAAUUUUUAAUUUUUUUAGAAAACACUGGAAUUUGUAAUGAAUUUUUUGAACCAGUCCUCAAAAAAAGCUGCUACUCUUUAGAACUCUAGUUUUCUAGCUGUAUUUUAAGGAGAAAUUUUACUGCUCUGUCUUGUUGGGGCUGGAGUUCAAGCAUUUAAUGGUUCUCUUCUAAGAGUCAUCUGUUUCCCAACAGAUGUCUGUCAGCUCAUAACUUUUGCAAAUAAUCUUCUUUCUUGAGUUACAUGCUCUAGAUUCAGCUUUGGGGACUAUUGCUGUGGCUGGGCUGCCUGCUGCUUUCAAGUCCUGCAGGGGCAUCCAGUGCCAAUGUGCAAAUAGCUCAUAAUGCAGCUUGUCCAACAUAAUUCCCAUACCUUGGGCUAACUGCAUGCAGGAUUUAGCAUCAUAUGUCCGUGUGUUAAGUUGUUCUGAGUGAUGAGUGCUGGCAUGUAUGCACACAGCUUUUCCCUCCCAUAACAUACCACAGGUAUAUCUGUGUGGUAUUUAUGCUGUGCUUUGGUAGAUCCAGACCAGCUAGGAGCUGGAAUCCUCACCUAAGAAUCAGAAUGGGAAUAUGAAAUGGUGCAGUAGCAUUCCUGAAUCAAUGUUUUCAACUGAAAUCUACCCCUUUUCCUGAUUUCUGGGUAAAACCUGUAAAAUUCUGAGGAAACUCUGAUGUCUUGUGAAGAUGAGUUUGGUCCCUUGAAGCUCUUCAAGAGUCAAUGUCAGAUGCAAGAGUUCAUGUUGGAUGGAAAUAAAGCUGCUUCUGAGAGUUCAUAGGUAGAUUCUGUAUAAAUUCAGCUCUGAUGGUUGAAAAUGUUAGCCUUAAACUUCACCACACACUGGAUUACUCAUUACUAUACUUGAAAUACCUUUUUUCUUCCUUGUAUGGCAUAAAUGGAGAUGUACACACUCUUUGUUUAGUUUUAUAUCUGUUUACAAGAUAUUGGUUCUGAGUGUUCAAUUUAUUAUGUCUUCUGUUUUAAUGUGUACUAUUUUUAGAAGAAAUAUAGUUGUCAAUGUUUGA